AUGAUGAAUAGACUGCUGCCACGGGCCGGGGCCUUCUCUCGCCAGUCCAGAGCCUCCUCUGCCCGCCUCUUCUCCUCCUCCGCCCCGCGCAAUGCCACCUGGGGCUUCAUCGGCCUCGGCCAGAUGGGCUACCCCAUGGCCAGGAACCUGAGGGCGAAGAUACCUGCAUCGGACACCCUCUUCGUCUGCGACUCCAAUCCAGAGACCACCGCCAGGUUUGCCGCUGAAACCGAGAACGUCAAGGUCGCCUCUGGGCCCAAGGAGCUGGCCGAGCAGUCGGAUACCGUGGUGACGAGUCUGCCGGAACCGCAGCACGUCAAGAGCGUCUUCCAUGUCAUCCUCAAGGACGGCCUCCCCAAGCUCGCCCAGGAUCGCCUCUUCAUCGACUGCUCGACCAUCGACCCGUCGUCCUCCCGCGAAGUGGCCGCUGCUGUCCAAUCUACCGGAGCAGGCCGCUUUGUCGACGCCCCCAUGUCCGGCGGCGUCGUUGGUGCUACUGCUGGAACCCUGACCUUCAUGCUCGGUGCUCCUUCUGAUGUCCCUGGGCUAGUCGAACGCGCAGAGGCUGCGCUGCUGCUAAUGGGUAAGAAGGUCUGGCACCUCGGUGACCAGGGGGCAGGUCUCUCCGGCAAGCUCGCAAACAACUACCUCCUCGCCGUCGCCAACAUAGCCACCGCCGAGGCCAUGAACUUGGGCAUCAGAUGGGGUCUCCAGCCUGCUGUGCUCGGCCAGAUGAUCAACUCGUCCACGGGCAGAUGCUGGUCCAGCGAAGUCAACAACCCGGCUCCCGGUGUCAUUGAAGGUUCUCCCGCUUCCAGAGGGUACACCGGCGGCUUUGGUGUCAGUCUCAUGAAGAAGGAUCUCCGUCUCGCCGUUGAAGCUGCAAGGGAGUCUGGCACUGCCCUUGAGCUCGCCGACACCGUCCAACAGGUCUAUGAGGCUACCGAACAGGAACACCGUGGAAAGGACUUUUCUGUAGUCUACCAGUACCUCACUAGUAAAUCUAAGUAG